AAGAAGGCAGAUCAGAAACCCCCGUUUAACCAUCCGCACCAGGUCCCGCCGCGGCCCCCCGCGGGCUCCAGCCGCUGCCGCUGCCGGAAAGGCGUGGCCCGGCCCCCCCUCAGCGCUGCGGGUCCGCCAUGGCGGCGGCGCGGCCGGCGCGGGCCCGGGCCCUGCUGCAGCAGAGCCUCUCCGCCCGCCUGCAGGUGCGGCCGCCCGAGCGCGGCUGCGAGGCCCAGUGGGUGGAGAUCCAGAGAGGGCUUGUUAUCUACAUAUGCUUCUUCAAAGGUGCUGAUGAGGAUCUUGUCCCAAAAAUUGUUGAUACGCUGUUGAAUGUUAAAUUAAGUGAAAAUGAAAACGGCGAGUUUGUCUCUGUUCUUGAUUUACCAGGCGACGUACUCAUCAUACCACAAGCUACCCUAGGUGGUAAACCAAAGGGAAGAAGGAUGCAGUACCAUGCAAACAUUGAAAAAGAAAAAGGGUUGGAACUUUAUUCUCAGUUUGUGACUUUGUGUGAAAAAGAACUGGCUGGCAGUGCCAAAUGCAGGGAAGCUGGUGUUCUUGUCAAGCAUGGCACAUACGGAAACAGGCAGGUGUUAAAACUGGAUACAAAUGGACCUUACACUCAUCUGAUCGAAUUUUGAAAAAAUAAAUUAUAUCCCAA